UGAUGCGUCAACCGCCAUACAAUCAUCUCGUAAUCCUAUCAGUCGAGUGAGACGCCAGGUGUACAUUGUGAUAUUCAGCAUCUCACACCGAUUCCACGGACACUCAUACCGCGACAAUGGCACCUUCGAGAGCGCUCCUUCUCCGCCGUAUAACCUUUGGGAAUGCGACACCGCGUCUUCCAUUGACCCCGCGUCUUAUCACAACAUUCUCCACUCCGUUAAAGGGAACACUGCGUUCUUCCGCCUUGUGGACAAGCCCAGUGCGACAGCCACAAAUCUGCAUAUGCAGAAGGGCGUAUUCGCAGUCAGCUAGUACCACACUCCAAGCACCGGAUUACCUGAAUGAGGCCGAAUUGCACGUCUUUGACAAGUUGAAAUCGGAGCUAGAGCCCGUCAAAUUAGAGGUUCAAGACAUCAGUGGCGGCUGCGGAUCAAUGUAUGCGAUUGAAAUUGAGUCACCCAAGUUCAAGGGCUUGACCGUCAUCAAGCAGCACAAGAUGGUGAAUGAGGUGCUGAAGGAUGAGAUUCAGAGCUGGCAUGGCGUGCAAUUACGAACAAAGGCUGCUUGAACGGCACCAUUUGAGGAUAGUUUGUAAAUAUUGUACGACUAAUGUAUACAGAGCAGGCAUCUGAUAUAGUUCCAGAACAAGAGUGGCGCUGAAUCACGAAAUGCUCUUCGUGAGUGGGUGAACAUCAGUUAACUCUUACAUUUUCUGCAGCACACUGUUAAAUGAUAGGUAGUAUAAUUUAAGCCAUUCCA